GUUCAGAAAUCAGUAUGACAGCGAUGUUACGGUAUGGAGCCCUCAGGGUCGUCUCCACCAAGUGGAGUAUGCCAUGGAAGCUGUAAAGCUAGGAUCAGCUACCGUAGGUCUGAAGAACAAACAAUAUGCUGUCCUCAUUGCUCUCAAGCGGGCCGUGAGCGAGUUGUCCGCUUACCAGAAGAAAAUUAUUCCAAUUGAUGAGCAUAUUGGCAUCUCUAUCUCUGGUUUGACUGCUGAUGCUAGAAUGUUGAGCCGUUUCAUGCGCACCGAGUGCCUUAACCACAAGUAUGCGCACGAUGCACCAAUGCCUGUUGGCCGUCUCAUCGGUCUAGUUGGAAACAAGAUGCAGAUUUGUACGCAGAGGUACGACAAGAGGCCUUUGGGAGUGGGACUGUUAGUAGCUGGCUACGACGACCAAGGACCACAUAUCUACCAGACUUGUCCAUCAGCAAACUUCUUCGAUUGCCGUGCGAUGGCGAUCGGAGCUCGGUCACAAUCAGCUCGUACUUACUUAGAGAAGCACCUGACUUCGUUCCUGGACUGUGAUCUUCAGGAGCUGGUCGCUCAUGGACUUCGAGCUCUCAGAGAUACCUUGCCUAAUGAAGUGGAUCUUAAUACUAAGAACGUGUCCAUCGCCAUCGUGGGUCCAAAGACUCCUCUGCGCAUAGCUGAUGAAGAGGAACUGACUCGUCUCCUAGCGCUGGUGGAAGGCGAGGAGAGGAGGGGCGGCGGUGCCAGCGCUACUGGUGACGCGGGUGCGCCUGCUGACCGCGACCGUGAUGCCCCGGGGGACGAUCCUCAACCCGCCGUGGCCAUGGAUACGGAGUAA